AUGGCAUACAAUUUAGCACAUAUGGGUAACCCAAUAUACAAUGGAAAUGAUCACAGUCAUCAUAAAGCUAUUCUGUCGCAUCUUGAUAGACAAUACUACAUGGGUGGUACUGGAAGUAGCUCUGGAAGCUCAGGAAUCAGGACUGAGUUUGGACAAUUCUGGAGCCCAAGUGGAACAACUAGUGGAGAGUAUUUCCCAGACGCGAGAAAUAGCUCAACAUUUGAUUAUUCUCCUCUAGCAUCUAGCAGCAUUUCCACUAUGAGCCAAGAUAAUGGUCUUGGAGGUCCUAAAACUAUGUCUGGUAUGUCAAAUUCUCCCUCCUAUCGUUGUUAUCCUGCUACAUCGUCAUCAAUGAACUCAGUAAUCUCGCAUCCUUAUUCUAACAGCAUGGGUGGGUACUCUGGCAGUAAUUCUUCUUUGCCAGUGCAACCACGUUUGGUUCCACAGAAUUAUCGAACAUAUAUCACAUCGCUUCAGGAACCGCACUACCAACCCCAGUUACAACAGCAACAGCAACAGCAUCAGCAUCAGCGACAAGAAGUUCAAGGCUUACAAACCUCCUCUUCUCUCUCUCACUAUAACCAGCAGCCAUCCCAAAUCUACGCUCCGCAAAGUCAUCAGUUACAGCACUUUCAUCAAAAUCAGAAACCUUUGGAUAGAAUUCUUCCUAAAGGAUCGACGGCACUAGAUUACACUUCGUUGGUAAACUUUACUGUUUCACCGAAUUUAAAAAGGCGACGUAGGCUGAAGCUUCGAGGUAGUUCGCCUGAAAACGCCUAUGCAUGCAACAAAUGCUCUAAAGUAUUUCUGAAGCCGUAUAACUUAAAGUCACAUAUGAAGACCCAUUCUGACGAGCGUCCAUUCAAGUGCUCUGUGUGUGCAAAAACAUUUGCUAGAGGACAUGAUAAAAGACGCCACGAGUUACUUCACAAAGGCGAAAAGAAUUUUCAAUGUGAAGGUUAUUUAAAAGACGGUGUAACGAGAUGGGGAUGCGGAAAAAAAUUCGCUAGGUCUGACGCUCUUUCUAGACAUUUUCGAACAGAAACAGGCUGGCUAUGUAUUAAGCCAUUGAUGGACGAGGCGAAAGAUCUUGAGCUGCAGUCACAUCCAAAUGACGUUGACUCGGCAGAUUUGUCGCCAACGUCGGACAUAUCACAUAAAAACGCUUAUUUAAUUAACAAAUUGGUUCAUGGCAAAUAG